AUGUCCAAACGCGCGGCAGAAGAUCAUGAGGAUGGCGGAGUUCCACUGAAGGGUGGUGAACGGCCAGAAGAUGCUCAUCUCGAGGACGACGAAGUGGGGGAAUUUGAGGACGAGUUUGAGGACGAAUAUGAGAGCGAGGAUGAAAUUAUCGAGGCAGGAGUGGAUGGGAGACCUGAUGCAGAAAGGGAAGAAGAGGAGCGAGCUGCCAUGGAUGUAGACCAGCAGACAUUCAUAGUUGGUAGACACAAGCUCGAACCUGGCCAGACUUUGGCCCCGGAUCCCUCAACCUACGAGAUGCUUCAUGCGCUGAGCACACCAUGGCCCUGUUUGUCCUUCGACAUCAUCAAAGAUAACCUGGGCAAUGAUCGGAAGACCUUCCCCGCCACGAUGUAUGCUGUUGCUGGGACGCAGGCAGAUAGCAAGCGGGAAAAGGAGAACCAACUGAUGGUCAUGAAGUUCAGUGGUCUCAGUAGAAUGGAGCGGGAGCAAGAUGAAGAAGAUUCAUCUGAUGAUGAGGACGAGGACGCGGAUCCAAUCCUCGAGUCAAAGUCGAUACCUUUAACUUCUACCACAAACCGAAUACGUGCAUACCAGUUGCCAGCAUCAGAUUCAUCACGGCCACCCACAACCUUGACAGCUUCCAUGACAGAAGCGGGCCAGGUCCUCAUCCACGACAUAACUCCCCAUCUAACUUCUUUCGAUAUUCCUGGCACGAUCAUCACCCCACAACAGAACAAGCCGUUGUCUACCCUUCGUAUGCAUAAAUCCGAAGGUUACGCAGUCGAUUGGUCUCCUCUCGUAACAACCGGCAAGCUGGUCACCGGAGACAAUGAUGGCAGCAUCUAUGUCACUACUCGAACUGCGGGUGAAGGUUGGACUACGGAUUCGAGACCAUUCACAGGCCACACUGGCAGUGUCGAGGAGUUGCAAUGGAGCCCUUCAGAAAGAAACGUAUUCGCAUCGGCAUCUAGCGAUGGUACCAUCAAGGUCUGGGACGUGCGGAGCAAGAGUAGGACUGCAGCUCUUACUGUGCAGGUCAGCAACACGGAUGUUAAUGUUAUGUCUUGGUCCCGUCAGACCACGCACUUGCUCGCUUCGGGGGCUGAUGACGGCGUAUGGGCGGUCUGGGAUUUACGGCAGUGGAAGCCCAAUACCUCGUCCUCUACCCCCGCAAAGCCUACACCAGUCGCGAGCUUCGAUUUCCACAAGGAGCAGAUUACGAGCGUUGAGUGGCACCCUACAGAUGACAGCAUUGUGGCAGUUGCAGCAGGCGACAAUACUUUAACGUUGUGGGACCUGGCCGUGGAGUUAGAUGAUGAGGAGAGCAAGGACACAGGCGGGGUAUCCGGGGUACCUCCGCAAUUACUGUUCGUCCACUACAUGGAGCACGUAAAGGAAUGCCACUGGCACCCACAAAUACCCGGGUGCGUUGUUGGCACCGGCGACACUUUCAACGUGUUUAAGACUAUCAGUGUAUAG